UUGCUUUUAAUUUCGGUGGAGAGGAUGGAUGAACGGACACCCUUCUAGCCAUUCUCAGUGCCGGAGCAGCUGAAUUGUCAUUUUCCGGCAGCAGCAACUAACCGUUUGAGCUCGAAUCCUCAAUACAUCUUGCAAGAAAAAAUGCCGUCGUGAUGCUUCUAGCUUGUUCCCCAUGGAAGCGGAAUUAUUGCUUCCGAUCAUGUUAAGGGCUAUGUCGGCGUAAUAUGGUGAAUUUGAGCUCAAGCUUAGGCUCGGCAAUUAAGCUCUUAUGCUUGUCAUUUACAGGUGAUUUGCAGAAAAUGAUCAUUCGUUCAAAACGAUGGGAGUCUUCUCCAUGCACGAGCUCUCUAUUCAGCUUGAGCAUUGUGGUUACAGCUGUUCUGUUACAGGAACCUGAGGCUGCUUCGGUUGUCGUUCCAAGUUCGAAUUGCUAUGCUCUCGACAAUUCUAGCCACCUUGUUGAUUUUAGUAGCUGGGUUGGGCAAGUUUUCGAGUAUGAGGGGAAGGACAAGGACUUGGUGGUACGAUUUUGCAAAGAUGUAGAGACUAGGUCAAAUACGGGAUAUGUGGACUUUGGCUGGUUUGAUAAGUUCAAUCACUUUGUUCCUGGUUCAGGACACGUCGAUUUUGUUCAACGGUUUUACAAUGGAGAUUUGCUGAAUUGUGAAACAAGUUAUGACAAAUUGGGACGAACAGCUCAGGUGAAUAUAAUAUGUGGGAAAUGCUCGAAUGGCCAAUGCAGAGGUGAACUUGGAUGCAUCUGCAACGUUAGUUAUGAGUCCGCAUGCAGAGUUUCAAUUGAACUUGCCAUUCCAUGUGAGAAGCGGGGUCCUCGGGUGUUCACGGGCUUUACUCUUGGUUUUUCUCCACGGUCUUGGGAAAUUGUCCAUAAUGGAAUGACUCAACAAGGCUAUGAAAAAUCAAAUAAUUAUUUCAGUUUCAGAACAGAGCAGACUCAUAUAGUCCUUUAUAUGACCGCUGUUGCUUCCCAGUCUAAUCUGGUGCAAAAGCCUAUCAUUAAGGUUGUCCCCGAGGAAGGACUGGAAGUUAGGUCAUCAGGCUCUGCAAUAACUGGAAAUCCUCCGACAACUUUAUCGCCCUCCAUGUUAAUUUUGGAAUGGAGAUGUGAGAAAAGAAGUGAUGUUCCAUAUGAAGUCGAAAUUACUACUCCAAUAGAUGGUUAUGAACCGAUACAGUUUACUCUCUCCAAAAUGUGUGAAUAUAGACAGGACGGAGAGGGAGACACUGUACGAGGAUGGGCCAUAUUUGGUAUCCUAUCUUGCAUAUGCAUAACUCUAUCGACUUUCCUUUGCAUUGGAGGGCUUGUCUACAAGACACGAGUAGAGCGCCAGCGUGGACUCGAUGCAUUACCCGGAAUAACAUAUCUAUCAGCCUGUCUAGAAACUGUGAGUGGAGGAGGGAGCAACGGCUAUUCAAGACCUGAGGAUCUCAACAGCGCAUUCGCAAGUCAAGCUUCUUGGGAACAGCCGUCACCUUCUAAUCAGAGAACUUGGAGGCCAAGCGAAAGGACAUAUGGAUCAAUUUGAUUGAGAAGAGUAAGCGAUCGCGAAUUUGUUCCCUUUGCAGCAAAAUCUACUUGUCUGCUUUUGUUGUUCUGAAGAAUCAGUGUCACAUGAACCGUGAUAUCUUCAUUUUAUCUCCGAUGUCCAGAGUAUAUGCGGUUCCUCCAUUUAUGCUUCUGAUGGAGGCACUGCAAACACAAAUUGAUGUAAAGUCCAUACAGAGUAACUAGGAAAAGGAAACAGAUAAAACACUGACAUGUGACUUGAUUCUUAGUAUUGCUGGUCCUAUGAUGGUUAGACUGAAAGAUUAGAAUCGAGAAAGAGUUGUCGAGAAUUGAGCUCGAUAAGGUUAGACUUGGCAAGUUGGCAUUGGCAAGGAUGGCCUCAGUUAUUAUUUUCCUUCA